CGGGCGGGCCGCACCCGCCGCCGCCGCUCCCGUCCCGUUCCCAUUCCCGGCCCGCUCCCGCUGCCGCCGCUGCCAUGGCGGGCUCGGCCGCGGGCUGGGCGCCCACCCACGUGCGGGUGACGGUGCUGCGGGCGCGGGGGCUGCGCGCCAAGGCGGCGGCGGGCGGCAGCGACGCCUACGCGGUGAUGGCUCUGGGCCGCGACAAGUUCCGCACCUCGGUGGCCGAGCGCUGCCGCGGCGAGCCGCUGUGGCGGGAGGAGGCCACGUUCGAGCUGCCGGCCCGGGCCGCCCCGCUGCGCCUCACCGUGCUGCACCGGGCCCUGGCCGGCGCCGACAAGUUCCUGGGCCGCGCCGAGGUGGAGCUGGCGGCGCUGAGGGAGCGCGGCGGGCCCAGGCACACCAGGUGGUACAAGCUUCACUCCAAGCCAGGGAAGAAGGAAAAGGAGAGAGGGGAGAUCGAGGUGGACAUCCAGUUCAUGAGGAGCAACAUGACAGCCAGCAUGUUUGACCUGUCCAUGAAGGACAAGCCCCGCUCUCCCUUUGGGAAGCUCAAGGAGAAGCUCAAGGGCAAGAGGAGCAGUGGCCUCUCAGACACAGCAUCAGAGAUUGUCCCCAGCACCUCCCACUCCCCUGCUGACAGCGAGGAUGAGGCGGUCGAGAAGGAGAAGAAGAAAUCCAAGUUCAAAGCGCUGUUCUCCAAGCCUGGCCUGCACAAGACAUCCCUGUCCCAGUCCAUGUCAGUGCUGCCCACCCAGCAGCCCCUCACCCCCAGGGUUCGGCUGCGGCCCAGCGACUUCCAGCCACAGUGGGAUGAGGAGGAGUCCGAGACCUCUCCUGCCUCAGAGCGAUCCUUUGAAAGUGCUCUGGAAGAGAAGCCAGCUCCUUCUCCUCUGUUCAGAUCUCGUAAACCAGCCUUUUUGGACAGUAGGCAGCUAACCCAAGGAACCACUAACCACACCAAAAAGGAUGGGCUCUCUUUGUUCAGUGGCCUUAAAUCCAAAAACGAUCCCGUGUCCAAGUCUAGUCUGUGCAUCAAUGGCAGCCACGUUUAUAUGGAAGAAACCACGAGGAAGGACAAGACUCCAGCCUCCUCCCCCUCUCCUCACCUCAGGAGGAAGCAGCACUUUGCUUCAGAGGAGAACCUGUCCUCCAGGUCCACUAAAUCACCUGAAGAGGUGGGGAGAACCUCUUCUGGUCAGGCUUUCUCUGGGUCCACAUCCUUGGAGACCUUCAAAUCCAUGACUUUGCCUUCGUACAAACUGCUCAGCAAUGAGGAGCAGCUGGACACCAGCAUUCCACCGAGUGUCGAGGCUGCCAGAGAGACCAAAAAACCAGAGCCCAAAAAGUCUGCCUUGCUCUCCCUGGUCACUGGGAAGAAGGAAACAGUGAAGACCAGCGAUGCUGAGAUUGUUCCUGACAGAACCCUGCAGAGUGAGGAAAAUGCAGGUGCAGAAGAGAAGAGUGAAGAGGAGGCCAAAUGCCCUGAAGGCCCAGGGGAUUUGGGCAGAGGGAGCCCGUCAGGAGAUGCUCCCUGUGUGGAGGAGGCUGUCACAAACAAACAGCUCAGCCCCUGCGAGGAGGAACGGAAACCUGAGAAGGCUGCUCCAGCCAAGACCAAAGCUGUGAAACCCAGACUCCAUCCUGUGAAGCCAAUGAAUGCCAUGGCAAACAAGCCU